GAAGAUGGGCGGUGCCAAGCAAGGUACACACAGCAUACAGAAAACUUUAAGCAACAUGCUAACUUUGAGUCUGUAAGGCUAUAUUACCAGCUUGACGCGACAUGUCAGAUUUGCUCGAAAGGAUGCAAUGUAAAGCAGAGGACGAGAGAGACCUCUGCAGACUGGCGAGGGCGAGUUCACUGCUGUUGAACAGCAAACAUGAACUCAGCGCGCGGCUGCAACAGUUUGUGGAGGAGAGGAUGCAGACCACCAUGCUCACAGGUGUGCUGAUUGGCGCAGCAGUUGCCGUCUCACUGAUCGGAAUUGUGGUGCUUUUCCUUUACAGGAGAUUCAAGCUUGCUCGUGAAAAACAGCCUGGUGUACCUCAGUAUCGCUUCAGAAAACGAGAUAAAGUGCUUUUCUAUGGAAGGAAAAUAAUGCGAAAGGUCCAGACGCUGUCAUCGAUUCCUCCCAACUCUGCCUCAGUGGCGAAGCCACCGCAGCGCAUCCGCAAAAGAACCAAAGUUUUAAACAUAGCUAGCAAAUUUCUAAGGAUCGGCAAAGAUCCUCCCACCCUGCAGCCUAAGGAACCUCCCCCUUCUCUGCUGGAGGCUGACCUAACGGAGUUUGAUGUGCAGAGCUCAAACAUGCCCUCAGAGGUCCUCUACAUGUUGAAGAAUGUCAGAGUCUUGGGCCAUUUUGAGAAGCCCCUGUUCCUAGAGCUGUGUCGACACAUGGUGCUUAUUGAACUGCAGGAGGGUGAAAGUCUUUUCCGGCCAGGGGACAAUGACAAUAGCAUUUUUGUGGUCCAGGCUGGACGACUCGAGCUCUGCAUCCACGAGAAGGAUGGUACUGAACCCGUGGUGAAGGAUGUGGUCGCUGGAGAUAGCGUCCACAGCUUGCUCAGUAUUUUGGACAUCAUCACUGGUUAUCCGGCUCCAUAUAAGACUGUUUGUGCACGAGCUGCAACGCGCGCAACCAUCUUACGUUUACCUGCAUCCGCAUUUGAGUCCGUGUUUGAGAAGUACCCAGAGACACUUGUUCGCGUCAUUCAGAUAAUCAUGGUGCGCCUCCAAAGAGUCACCUUCUUGGCGCUGCAUGACUAUCUGGGCCUGACAACGGAGCUCUUCAAUCCGGAGUGUCUGGCGGUGCCCCUGUCCAACAUAAACAGUGUGAUGGCCGAUGGGACCACUGCGAAGACGACCCGACGCUUGUACUUCCAGGACGAGUUACCCACCGGGGCCACGGAGAGCUCCUCAGAGACAGAUGGUGUUAACGACAGUCCUUCAAGCAGCCACAGGAAGCUGCGUUCCACCUCGAUGCCCACAGACUGCUCAGGUAAUGACCUGAACAUGGCUUGUGAGCGAGCUCGGGUCGCUAUGGAUGAAGCGUCAUCAAGUCCUGUCACUCCCAAAUCAAGUCUGAAGAAGAGUGUGACAGUGCAGCAAACCCCCUCCGAAGUGUUUCACUACACCGACAGCGGGGGGCACCCUGAUGCCACCAACUGCAUCAAGAGUGGCACAAUCCUCCAGGCCGCUAAGAAGGACCUGCUAGGAAUCAUCCAGCUGCAGGACCCCAGCCUACUUGAUGGCAGAGUGACCCUCCAUCAAGUCAAAGCUGGUGCUGUGGUGGCAUGUCAGGGAGACCAGGAGGUGAGCAUCCAGUUUGUGAUCUCCGGCCUCCUCCAUGUGUACCAACGGAUGAUCGACCGUGAAAAAGAGACGCGUCUGUUUGUGACGCACCCCGGAGAGCUGGUCGGUCAACUUGCUGUUCUGACCGGAGAGCCCCUCAUAUUCACUGUUCGAGCCCUGCGAGACUGCAGCUUCCUCUCCAUUUCCAAAACCCACUUCUAUGAAAUAAUGCGCGCGGAGCCAAAGGUUGUGCUGAAUGUUGCUCACACCGUGGUGAGGAGGAUGUCCUCCUUCGUCAGACAGAUAGACUUUGCUCUCGACUGGAUGGCUGUGGAGGCGGGCAGGGCAGUCUACAGGCAAGGAGAGAGAUCUGACAGUACUUUCAUAGUGCUGAGUGGUCGACUGCGCUCUGUAAUCCUGAAGGAAGACGGGAAGAAGGAGCUCAUAGGAGAGUACGGACGAGGCGACCUGAUUGGAGUGGUGGAGACCCUAACCCAUCAGAACAGAGCCACCACAGUGCACGCUGUACGAGACUCUGAGCUGGCUAAGUUACCAGAAGGAGCUCUUAGCUCCAUCAAGAGAAAGUUCCCACAGGUUGUCACCAGGUUGAUCCACUUACUGGGACAGAAGAUCCUCCAGCAGGUCAAUGGUCCUCUGACAGCUCGCAGCUUGGCCCUCCACACUCCUGGCAGUAAGUGGGAUGCAGGGAGCCAGGCCUCCAAUCUUUCCACUGUGACAGUCCUGCCUGUAUCAGAAGAAGUACCUCUAACUGCCUUCACCCUGGAGCUGCAGCAUGCACUCAUAGCAAUCGGUCCUACUCUUCUGCUGACUAGCGACGUCAUCAAACAGCGGCUUGGAGCUGCAGCACUAGACAGUGUCCAUGAGUAUCGUCUGUCCAGCUGGCUGGGCCAGCAGGAAGACCUCCAUCGCAUUGUUCUUUACCAGACGGACUACACGCUGACCCCGUGGACACAGCGGUGCAUUCGUCAGGCUGACUGCAUCAUCAUCGUGGGACUAGGGGACCAGGACCCUGCUGUUGGAGGGCUGGAGCGCAUGUUGGAAGGAAGUGCAGUGCGGGCCCAGAAGCAGCUGGUGCUUUUGCACAGAGAAGACGGCCCCCCACCCAAAGGAACUGUGGACUGGCUCAACAUGCGGAGCUGGAUCUCCAGACACCUCCACCUCUCGUGUCCCAGAAGGGUCUUCUCUAAGAGGAGUCUUCCCAAACUGUUGGAGCUGUAUCAACGUGUGUUUGAGAAGCCAGCAGACCGUCACUCCGACUUCUCGCGCCUGGCUCGAGUCCUUACAGGCAAUGUUAUUGCCCUCAUUCUGGGAGGAGGAGGGGCCAGGGGCUGUUCCCAGGUGGGGAUAAUGCGAGCUCUCUGCGAGGCCGGCAUCCCAGUGGACCUUAUUGGUGGCACCUCAAUCGGUUCCCUGAUGGGGGCACUAUAUGCCGAGGACCGCAGCCACAGCCGCAUGAGGAUGAGGGCCAAAGAAUGGGCGAUGGAAAUGACAUCCGUGUUUAAGAAGUUCCUUGAUUUGACGUACCCAGUCACCUCCAUGUUCUCCGGUGCGGCCUUCAACUCCAGCAUUAGCAAUGUCUUCAAGAGCAAACAGAUUGAGGAUCUACGGAUUCCGUAUUUCAAUAUUACGACUGACAUCACUUCCUCUGCCAUGAGAGUACACACUGAUGGGUCUCUGUGGCGGUAUGUUCGUGCCAGCAUGUCUCUGUCUGGGUAUCUGCCUCCGCUCUGCGACCCCAAAGAUGGCCACCUGCUGAUGGACGGAGGCUACAUCAACAACCUGCCUGCUGAUGUGGCACGCUCCAUGGGGGCCAAAGUGGUGAUAGCUAUCGACGUGGGCAGCCGGGAUGAAACCAACCUCACUAAUUACGGCGACUCGCUCUCCGGCUGGUGGCUGCUAUGGAAACGCCUCAACCCUCUAGCUGAGAAAGUGAAGGUGUUAAACAUGGCGGAGAUUCAGACCCGGCUGGCCUACGUGUGCUGCGUCAGGCAACUGGAGUCUGUGAAGAGCAGCGACUACUGCGAGUAUAUCAGGCCUCCAAUCGACCGAUACAGAACACUAGAGUUUGGCAAGUUUGAUGAGAUUGCCGAGGUGGGUUACCAGCACGGAAAGACUGUCUUUGACGUGUGGAUUCGCAGUGGAGUGGUGGACAAAAUGUUGAAAGACCGACACCAAGAGGAGUUCCACAACACCCAAAGCAAGAACAAUGUGCUCUCAUGUCCCAAUGCUUCCUUUACUGACCUGGCGGAAAUUGUGUCCCGCAUCGAGCCCGUCAAACCUGCUCUGGUGGAUGAGGAGUCAGACUACCACACUGACUAUGACGAGGAGGCGGUGGAGAGCGCUCUGUCUGACAUGGAGCUAUACAAUCGCCCCGGAGAGCACACUGAAGGGGAGGAGACUGCUGACACGGAUGAAGAGCUGGAAGGGAGACGCCACACGGCCUCACGCUCCAGCAGCCGCCCCCUGACCCCCACCAUCUCCGACAGCCCGUCAACCAAGGACGUCCUCUCCCAACAGCCCAUCGAGUGAAGACCAGUCUCAUGAACUCAGUACCAUCAGGUCUUCCCAAUUUGACCUGCAUGUCGCCCUAGUCCGUCCCACAUGACUACUGCCCUUGAGACCGUCAGAAUGACUGCAUUCACCACCCUGGCCUCGUUAGACGUGUGGCUGACGAAUGGCAACACAGGCAGCUAGUAUCAGAAAUCCAAAUACUAUGCAUUCCUCUUUCCAAGAGCAGCUGCCAAUCUAAUCCUUUUUAGGGACAGUCGAGACUACCAUGUAACUUUACAAGAAUCACAACAGUCCAGUCCAACAUACAACAUUGGCAAUUCUAUUCCAAAAAAUAUGUUACAUUUAACCAGCUGAAAACCUUUGGUUGGUUACACUCAGAUUUCCAGCCAUAUUUGACAUAGUUACUCAGUUAAUUUCAACUACAAAACAACUUUAUUCUGACUGUUAUCUGUACAAAGGGAUAGUUUGGAAAUAUAUUCUAUCUCUGACCCUUUUGCCACACACACACACAAAGACUAUGUAUAAAGAUUACAAAACGUCUAAAAGUUGUCACUUUUGCCCUUUUCUUUUGAAAUUCAGAUACAAACACAUUUCCUCUUCACAAUCUCAAACUUGGAAACAUAACACAAAUUAUCUACCUGACUAGAAACCACCAGAGGACUGUAAGAAACGUGCUCAGUGACUACUUCAACUUGUACAUCGGUACAGUUAAAUGCCUUCCAAAUCAUACAGUAUUUUUAUAAAUUCAAUCCAGUCUGUAAAAACCUCAUUUCAUUUUUGGUACCGUCGUUGAAAAUGUGUGAAUUAAAUCAUGUUUAUUAGACGUCACAGGUGUUGUGCUGGACUACAUUAUAUUGAGGGGUUUCUCUGUACAUACAAUACAGUCCAGGACAACACCACCAAAUUUUGAGCUAAGUUGACUAAGUUGAAAAAUAUUUUUGGAAAUACUGGACACAACAGUUGUAUUGGAUUACACCUGAAAAAGUGGCAUUGCGAAAUAGACUUUAAAAAAAAAAAAAAUCCAAAAAGCUUCCUUUUGUGUUUUUAACAUUCAGUCAGUCACAUGGACAAGUCGAGUCAUUUAAAGUCAGAAAGGAAGCAAAACAAGCAGCACACACUCUGCCAGGGCAGCUUUUGGUUUGCCGGGGACAGGGAGGGAACUAAAGAUUGCAAUCCACUUCAAAGCACUCGUUACCCACUCAGCGCGCCCCCCUCCCCCCCCUUUGUAAUCAGGACUGGAUCUAUCAGACAGACUGCCGGCAGACAGCGUGGAUCUGCUGGGAGAGCCCUGAAGCCGCUUCUCACGUCACGACAGCUGAUGCACAGGGACAGUUCUUCACAGGAACAUGUUGGAAGUUAUUUGGCUCGCACAUGUUUUUGUGAUUUUCAACUGGCAUUAACAUUAUCAGCUGCCUACUGAUUAUAUUCAAACAGUUAACUGCAUAUUGUAUUAUUUAUUUUAUGUAAACAGGCCCUAGAGGAUUUUAAACACAAGCUACAACAUCUGUAUAAUCACUCAAAGUGCAGCGCAAUGCAGAAAUGCACUAAUAGUUGUAUAGCCUUGUUGAACCUGCCUCUGUAACUUUUAACCAUUUGAACUUAUUUCUCAACCAUAAUCACAACUAGAGCUGCAUAUUUUCAAUGAUCUUUAUUUAAUUUUGUGUGAAGAGAUUAAUCUUUUGGCAUAUAUUAUGUAAUAGAAUGAUGUGAAAUUGAUCAAAUUUCUUCUUGCCUAAUCAAUCAAUUACCAGAGCCCCAGCAAGGCCGAAUAAUGUUUGAGGAUUCUUUCAUAUGGUUUCAGAUAUCAUUUUGAUCAAAACACAUACUAAGACACACAUUUAACAAACUGUCUGGCAAAUUUAAAUAGGGGUUGUUUUGCAAUUUGCUGUUGCUUGGAAGCCAAUUUAUCCGUCUGCCUCUAAUCAUAAGGAUGUCGAUGCUAAUUUUGUAAUUACAUUUUCUUCUCACUUGAUAAAGCACCCUGUGAGCCUCACAGUAUGAAGCUGUGAUCUCAGCUAAUACUGGUGCUACAGUUCCUGCUGCCUUACACGUGUAAAGAGAGAAGAAACCCUGUGAUACGCAUAUGGUGUUUGUUUUUUUUAAACGCAGAUGGAAUGUGGGAGCAAAGCAGACGUUCGUGGUUGACCGAUGAAGUAAUUGUGUUUGCACUGGUAUUCUGUUGUACCUUUUGGGUGGUUUCCAAAAACCGAGCACAAUGAAUCAAUGUUGUCUGGCAGAAUGAAUGUUUCACUACUUUAUUAAAUGGGACAUGGUAAUGGAUGAAGUGCUGAUGUAAUGUGUGGAACUGUGCCAUAAAGUUAAUGUUACAAAGCCUUAGAUGACCUGUACGGGAGGAAACAACAUUUGUCCAAUGAUGAAUGUUUACCGUUAAGCCUAAUCAGUUGCUUUUCUAAGAGGAGUUGAUAAUCAAUUGUUACUAAUAAAAAGUUUGUUGUUGUA